UGGACGCAGUGAAUAUCCCGACUAUAUAUACCCCCAGACUUCGCUGCGGCAUCCGACAGUGCGUUGAAGGAGCGGCAGAAGCGAGGGUGAGACGUAUUGAGGGACGAACACACGCUCAAGCUUCUUCAGUCGGUUAAUUACAGGUAACUCAUCCUCCAAGACACACCUCGACAAUGCCUGCCAGGUGCCUAGUCACGCUCCUGCCCGCCUCCUGCCUGCUCCUCUUCCUCCUCUUCCUCCUGACGAUGCCUUUCCGGGAGGUGAGUGCCGCCCCCCGAUGCAGGGAGUAUGACCGCCCGGCCCCCACCAACUGCAAGUAUGGGACCUCCAAGGACUGGUGCAAGAACGGUGUGUGUGCCAAGGGUCCGGGCGAGCCGUGCGGAGGCUACCAGAGGAGGGACGGGGAUUGCGGGGAGGGGAUGCGCUGCGUGUGUGGCCGCUGCCGGGGCUGCUCACCCGUCGACAGAAAAUGCUUCCAACCCGUCCCGAUCAACUGCUACUAGUUCACCCUCGACCGUCCACUUCUUACACCUGAUCAUCCACUUGCUCCACAUCUGUUGCUCCUACUUUGUUUCACUGUCUGCUCCUCGCUUCCACUUCACUAUAGGCCUUCCUCAUUCCUGUUCCAUCUGCCAUUCCUCAUUUUUGUUUCACCUUUUUCUCUUCAUUCCUGUUUCAGUGUAGUGCUUCCUCAAUUUUGUUUCACCUUUUACUCUUCAUUCCUGUUUCAGUGUAGUGCUUCCUCAUUUUUGUUUCACCUUUCUCUCUUCAUUCCUGUUUCAGUGUAGUGCUUCCUCAUUUUUGUUUCACCUUUCUCUCUUCAUUCCUGUUUCAGUGUAGUGCUUCCUCAUUUUUGUUUCACCUUUUACUCUUCAUUCCUGUUUCAGUGUAGUGCUUCCUCAAUUUUGUUUCACCUUUUACUCUUCAUUCCUGUUUCAGUGUAGUGCUUCCUCAAUUUUGUUUCACCUUUUACUCUUCAUUCCUGUUUCAGUGUAGUGCUUCCUCAUUCCUAUUUCACCUGCCAUUCCUCAUUGCUGUCUCGCUUUCCAUUCCUCAUUUCUGUUUCACCUUUUAUUCCUCAUUUCUGUUUCACCUUCCACUCUUCAUUCUUGCUUCAGCUGUCAUCCCUCAGCUGCUUCAUCUGUUAGCCCUCACUUGCUUCACUUGCUAUGAGCCAGUUUCCCCUUCCGUCUUUCCUGUUUUCUAAGGAACGAGCCAAUACUCUCAGUAGUACACAAUAAUAAUAGGAAAUCUCUAGUACAAUAAGAUAUCAUGUAGUACAAGAAACGUGAAGACCUGAACGUGUGCAGCAGCAAGUGACGAAGUUGUGUUUAGGCUAACCCGGCAGGCAAGCCCACCCCGCCCAGCCCAGCGGAGACCAAUUAGGUGCA